GCGGUGGAGCCUUGUUCCACCGGGACGUGUGUGGCGGAGCUUCAAAGCAAGAGCAGGGGCGGAGGGUGGUCACAGGGAUUGAUUCAACGCGCGCUUUGAACUGUAGACAAAUUGGCCCAGAUCCACGCAUUACGCGGCACACUUUUACGUGUUACUGAGCAGACUGAGAUGGUUGUUGCGGCGCUUUGUUUGGUUACCGGUUGGUGGUUUAGCGUAGGCUGCUCGGGUUUUGAGUUUUGAGUUUUGUUUUUGAGAUUAGUCUGCACAAGGUUUUGAGGCAGAGGUGGGCGGGUCUUGGGAUCUUAGACAGGUUCCAAUGCACGUGGAAUCGAAAGGGUCGCAUUUGAGGUUUUGCGACAGGGGAAAUCGAGUGAGGAGAGAGUUUUAGGGGCUGGGGAGCAGGUGGAGGAGACCUGCCCUUGUUUAAUGGUUGUACCGAGGCUUUCUUGAGCAGAGAGUGAGGGUUCUUUUGCGAGUGACAGAGUAUUGGUGAAGAGCGUAAGUGGGAACUCAGGAAAGGAUCUCGAAUGUUGAAGAUCCGUGGGCUAGGCGUUUCAAGGAGGUAGCAGCAUGAGCACAGUGAUUUUGCCUCUGAAUACGGUUUUACUGCGUGCUGCCAGCCCAGCUCAGCUUCGUGCACCUUCUCUUUGCACUUAUGCUCUGGAAAUCGGCACUUAGUCUCACGUUCUUGUAGUAGAGGCUGGAAAUGAUAACGGACUUUUCCUCUGAUACUUUGAAAUAUCAAAGGGUAGUAGGGUAGACCGAGCAUCCGGAUCGACGAGGAUAGGACGGUCCAAGCAGCUUUGGGUACCACGAAGCCCCUAAUUUGGUUUUGGUCUGAAGCGUGGAUUUUCGAUUUAGAAGAUGACGGUCAACGGAGGCCCGCAUCUUGAGAGAUGCAUUUUAGUGACUGGCGGAGCCGGGUAUAUUGGUACUCACACAUCGCUACAGCUGUUGCUUGAUGGUUACAAAGUUGUCAUAUUGGACAACCUCGCUAAUUCAAGCGAAGAAGGUCUGCGGCGGGUUGUGGAUCUGGCUGGAAAGCAAGGGGAAAAACUUGUCUUUUACAAGGCAGAUCUUUGUGACAAGGAUGCUAUUGAAGCUGUUUUUGAUAAGCAUCGAUUUGAUGCUGUGAUCCAUUUUGCGGGUUUGAAGGCAGUUGGAGAGAGCUGUGCAAAACCUUUGCCUUACUACAUUAACAAUAUCCUUGGCACCCUGAACCUUCUGGAUGUUAUGAACGUUUACAACUGCAAAAAGCUAGUGUUUUCGUCUUCUGCAACGGUCUAUGGACAACCGGAGAGCGUCCCAGUUACUGAAGAGUCCCGUCUCUUUGUUUUAAAUCCAUAUGGUCGUACAAAGCUUCAGGUUGAAGAGAUGAUGCGGGACAUUACUGCUGCAGAUCCAGAUUGGAGAUGUAUAGUGUUGCGAUACUUCAAUCCCGUGGGAGCACAUCCCAGUGGCCGCCUUGGAGAAGAUCCACAGGGCUUUCCGAACAAUCUGAUGCCCUUCGUGCAACAAGUGGCUGUGGGCAGAAGGAAAGAGCUGACGGUGUUUGGAACUGAUUACAACACUAAAGAUGGCACUGGGGUCCGUGAUUACAUUCACGUCCAGGACCUUGCGACUGGUCACAGCGCCGCCCUUCACAAGCUGUUCACAACGCCCGAUAUAGGAUGCACUGCUUACAAUCUGGGAACGGGGAAAGGGACUUCUGUACUUGAAAUAGUUGCUGCAUUCGAGAAGGCUGCAGGGUUGAAAAUACCAUUACGAAUUGCAGGCCGACGGCCUGGAGACUGCAGUGUAGUCUACACCGCUACAGAAAAGGCGAGGAAAGAACUCGGAUGGAAAGCGCAAAAUGGAAUUGAUGAAAUGUGUCGAGAUCAGUGGAAGUGGGCAAGCAAUAAUCCAGAUGGAUAUCGAUCAAGUCAGGAGAAGUCUCCAGCGAACGAUUCCAAGCCUCUCGCGAAUGGGAAUCACGAAGCUGUUUUGAAUACGGAUACUGCUACUUGAUAUGACAUAAAACUAUUGUUUACGAUACUUCCGACAUUUUCCACUCCACUGUGGGCUCCGCCUGCCACAUCGAAUUCCGAACAGAUCUUGGCAACGGUGAGCACAGUCAGAGUUAGUAUUUUGUUGGCCAAUUCUUUUCGUAAGCAAUUAUCAAAGAAUCUAGCAAACGUUUUUGCUUAGAUGUCAGACAACUCUUUAUAUUUAGAGAACUUAAAUGACUGUGACCUGGAACGAGUAGUUGCCAGUCACGACGGAUGCGUGUUAAGGUAAAGCAAUCUUUGAGAAUGGUAUUAGAUUCGAGAAUUUUUCCAUCUUAAAUUGGAUGCGAGUAGGUUAACUGAUUGAAUAGGUUUGGAUCAGGAGAGGGUAACAUAUGCGCACUGUAUGGCGAUGGCAUUCUCAAUUCAAUGUACAGAAUAAUUCUGUGAACUUGGUGGGGGAUCGUUAGAAGUCUCUUUUGCCAGGAAAACCAAUAUCAAUAAACCUUCAGCAGUUCUGUAGAUCUUUU